AUGUCUUUGCUUAACUACUUUGGUUUAAUCGUGUUUCUGCAUUGUUCAACCGCGAUAUAUGGUCAUGAAACUUCGACAAAUAAUAUAAAUACCAAUUGCACUGUUGAUUUACAAGAAUCGAAGUUCAUGGGAGAUCUGAUUAAGCCAAUGCUUGCGCCCACCAUAAACACCAUUGAAAUAACAGUGACCUUUGCCUCGGCAAACAAGACUCGAAAUUUACUUGAAAUGAAAUGGUCUUGGGCGAACGAAAUUGGUCGUACCUUAAUUUCCUUGGUCGCUCGCACCAAAAGUACUGUAUUUGAUUCGCCUCUUUUCACCUAUCCAUUGGAAGCCGGAAUUAGAAAAAUUUUUGUUAAAGCCACGGAGGACCCUAUUGGUUGCUUACCAUCCGGGAAAAAUGGAAGUGAUAUUGUUUUUAACCAUAUUUUAAAAAAAAUUGUCUCUUACAUUCAUGAUGAAAAUAUAGACGAGCAUUAUAAAUUGUGCCGACCACUUGAUGCAGAAUCUUACAGAUUCAAGUGUUGUGGAAUAACCGGUGGUGGAAAGUUGAAAUUCUGUGAUGAAUAUUCCUCUAUUAUAAUUAAAUGGGCUGGUCCGGGCGGAGUGUUUGCAACUCAAAACGUUAAUUAUCAGUGUUUGAAGGUGAAAGCCAAGAAGAAUAGCGUUGGCAUAGCUAACAACGAAACAACACCUAGUUCUAACAACCAAGUAUCACCUGGCAGUGAAAUUAAUCUUGGUGAAGUUGAUGGGAGUAGAGACCCCGGAACGACGAGUCCCCCUGAAGAACCAGAAACUAGUACCUGUUAUUCAACAUCAUGCUGUGCAAGUACAUUUCGCCCUGUUAACGAUUUUCUAUUACGCUCAUGUAGUUAUUUAUGGACUGAAAACGAACACAGUAAUCCUUCAGCUAUUGUAGGCGAUGAGACUGAUGCUGCUGACGAACAAAAUCGUGCCAUCAAAUUUGACGAAAGAACUGGCGAGGCAAUGAUAUCGAGGAAACUUUACGAAGAAGUCAGCAAAAUAGUUCUUCCCUUAGGGGAUCUAUUAUUUCAUUUCUUUAGAAGAGUCAUUUUCGUUUGCAUAUACGCAUGGAUUUUGUUUCUCGUCUUGUUACUGGCAAUGGAAUCGGGAGUUUCAGGUAGUAUUCGAGCAAUCGGUGCUAUUGCAGCUAUCUUAUUACCGUUCAUUUUUGACACAAUUUACGCCGAUAAUAAAAAAGCACAGAAGGCGUCCACAAAUAUGGCAACGACGAAAAUACUUGAACAUAUACUGAAGAUUAAAAAACACGAAAAUAACAUGAUUGUUGUUGAAUUGGUUAAUUGUUUAACCGAGAAUGUUGAGAUUUAGUUUGAUUUUUUUUUUGUAUACAA